ACAUCGCCUGCACUCGAGUGGUCAAUGUAAAAAAGAAGUCAAAAGGAGGAUACAGCAUUAAAACAAUAUCAAAAUCAUUACUUGUAGCACUUUGUUCCAGUCAUACAACAAUAGAGCAAUGGGAGGAGAGCCGUCUAAACCUGCUCCUGUGAGUCUGACAUUUAAAACAUUCAGAACAUCAUUUAAAAUCUAUGAUAAUUAUUAGCACCUGAUAUUGGUGAAUGCAUUUCUCAUAUUUUAUUUUAGUUGGCUUUGUUAAUUUAUGUGAAAUUUGCCAUCAGCUUUUGGUGAACAAUUGGAGGAACAUACCAUGGGGUGAUAAAGAAGAAAUAAAGAAAAAUCUGCAGUUUGUGAUGGAUUAUCAGCCUCAUAAUGCUGAGCUCCAACAUCUCAGAGUCCUGCUUUAUGGACCAGCUGGUUCUGGCAAGUCCAGCUUCAUCAACUCUGUCGACAGUGUUUUGCAAGGCAGAAUGGCUGGUCGGGCUUUGGCAGAUGCAACCUCUCACGAGAGCUACACUAAAGAAUACAGAACUUACAAAAUCCAAAAAGGAGGACCAAAGACAUAUUACCCUUUUGCCUUCUCUGACAUCAUGGGCCUUGAGAAGGAAACUAAUAGAGGAGUUGGUGUGGAAGACAUCAAACUGGCCAUGAUGGGCCACGUAAAAGAUGGUUACAAAUUCAAUCCUCACUCUACAUUAUCUAAGGACGAUAAAGAAUACAACAAAACCCCUGCUCUCCACGACAGAGUUCAUGUUCUGGUUUGUGUCGUCUCUGCCAGCACACUAAACAUACUGAGUGCUGAAUCUAUGAAAAAGAUGAGGGAUGUCAGACUUGCAGCCAGCGACAUGGGGAUUCCCCAACUGGCUAUUCUCACCAAAAUUGAUGAAGCCUGUCCAGAGGUCAAAACAGACAUAAGGAACGUGUAUAAAAGCAAGUACCUGAAGCAACAGAUGGACCAAUUGCAUGUGUCGCUGGGUAUUCCACUAAACUGCAUCUUUCCUGUGAAGAACUACCACUCAGAGAUCGACACAGAUGACGACAUUGAUAUACUGAUACUGAGCGCACUGAGACAGAUAAUUAACUUUGGAGAAGACUUUGUCAGCAACCUGGAUUUCAGACCUACAUGUUGCGGAAUCAAAUCUUGCUUUACAGUUUGAAAAAAGUCAGUUUGCGAACAGGAAUGUGCAUGAUAAUGAUAUAAAGUGGCAAUAUCGCUUUUUGUUUUUUAUUUGCAAGCAUGUAGCAUAUAUUGUCUGCUAUAAGAUAUCUUUUAACCUGUUCUGUUUUUUUACCUUGCUGAAUAAAGUAUGAAUAGACUGUACAACAGCCUGAUAAAAUUAAAACCUAGAUGUGCAUAAAGUAGGCUUGUAUAACUCUCAUAUGCAGUUUGAGUUGUUGCAUUACGGUAUUGUUGGCUAUGCUUUGUUGCUUCAGGUGGUAAUUUCUGGUGUAUAGUCUCCCAGCUGGUCAAAAGACAUAAAUGAGAAGAGACUAAAUGUAAUGUUUAAAUUAUUUAAACUGGGCUAAAUGUGGUUGAAAAGAGAAACUUUUAGACAUCUGGUUACAUAUACGGUACCAGUUGUAUGUUGUAUUGAAUCAUUGUGCUACAGUACUGCUGUUCAGGUCUGUUAAAAUAUGUUCAUUAUGUCCUCAGUUGUAUAUUGAUGUGAUGCUGUACUGUACUGUUCUGUAUUAUGCAUGUACGUAUGCCACAAGGGGGCACUAGAGUGUGAGCAGCAUAAGACGCAUUUGCGUUAUUAUGUUUGUCCCGGUUGAUUUACGGUUGACUCUUACUGAAGACUGUCUGACCUUGAGACUGAUGUGUCGGCAUCUAGAAAAAAUAAAUAUGCCAAGAACGGCUAAAGAUG